UCCAUCCCCGCGCUUUCAGUCAUUCACCAGAAAAGCGCCCGCCAGUCAUCAUAUCAAGUUGAAAACUAGCGCGGAGGGCAUAUUCAUUCAAGGGACACAUUUGAACGAUAUUUCCCUUGAUUUAUAAUUCAAGCAACAGAUGGGGGUUGAAGCAAGCCGCCCUCCGGCUGCUGCUCCUAUUGGCUCUUCAGAGACGCCAAUGAUCAAGGUCGCGAAUAUCCCACAGGCUCCGUGCGCAACCGCAUUGAGCGCAGCCUCCAGUGGCGACGUCACGCCGGGUCAUAUUCAAGCAACUUCCGUGGCCGACGCCACUACGUCUAGGAACAAGGAAGGCAACUUGAAAGCUACUGUCAUCGCGCCCGCGCCAAACAACGUUAAACUUAAUGCGUCCAGCGCGGUAGAUGCCGUGAGUGCCUUUUGUACGUCUACCCUGAAUUACCUCAUCUUUAAGUUCCAUAAGAUCGAAGCCACUUGCAGAGAGGCAUCCGACCUUGAUUGCGCAUCAGUCACCCGUCAAGAGCAAGAGGAAAAAUGCGACCGAGACUUUUGUGUCCCGGAUUCCGCACCACAAGGACAUCCGUCUACGUCGGGGAAUGAAGCUGUCAUUGCCACUGGCUCUGGCGCACCAGGAAAUGUUAAUCAACCGCUGUUAAGCGAACGAAAAUUAUCUGUCACACCCAAAGCAGAAUCCGCGCCUGUCGAACAUCCCGCCAAUAAUUCUCUAGACUCGAUUUCAUCUACAAUCAUUCCUGAAUCAUUUGAAGCAUCAGAACCGCCAUCUCGUGGCCGCGUACAACAGCCAUUCGCAAAUAUUCAAUCUAAUGACACCCAACGACAUGUCGCCACCGCAUCCAUAGAAAGCAGUUUGUCUCCUUGCAAGAACCGCAUUGUCAUACCCGAUGUAGCAUCUACAAAUAUCAUUUCUUCUGUCCUUAAAUCCGCCACUGAGUACAGCAUUGAAAAUACCGGCAGGACCUAUACAAGUACUCCUAUCAAGACCAAAAACGCAGGGGUGCCUGUUGCUGUUACAUAUGCGGACGCCACGAACUUAGCUGCGCGAUACCCAGACUUGGCCUCCCAGAUCCUCGUCUCCCCACUGCGGAAGCGCACCGCAAGUCAGGAAGUUGCCCUGAUACCUGAACAGGAUUUGAUCGAGGAGAGCCCGCCAAGCGGUCGGAGGCGUCCUCGUAAUCGCAGGCACAGGCGCAAACGUUCCCGGGACAAUCAAGAAGCAUCGCAGCAACAAAGUCGAGGAUCCUUGGGGACCCCGGGACCUGGUGCUUCUCCAUCCCGCCACAAGGAUCAUCCGAGUUCUGCUUCUGGAACAGUCGAUCCGAAAGAGACCUCUAGGUUCCACUAUGCGCAGGCGAAUUGGUCAGUCGAUUCUGCGUCGCCUACGCCAAAUCCAGCUGUGGAACGUGCGCCAUCGCUCCAGACGAAUCGUCACACAAUUCUAGGGACAUUGCAAGAGAGAACACACGACUACCAACGAGAAAGCAGCGACGUGAACUGGGUUGCUCUCGCAGCCGAGAUGCAGCCUUCGACUCCAUCUCCCACGAGAUUUGCAACACUAAAACGAGAGCAGCACAACACUAUGCAUUUAAAGGGCGACGAGCGUGCUGGUACUACUAAGGCUACGGAUUCGACGACUACUUCUCUCGGGCGACGUUCUAGUAAUGCGGAGAUGUUGCUCACGGAGCUGUUCCGCAAGGCGAUGGAGACGAGCAGCCCCUCUGCGACGAAGGUUCGCUACACCGAGCACAGUCCUCUCAGGAAAUCACAGGCUGAAGGACCGACCCCUGUCAACACACUCGUAACAGAGACUGCAUACCCAGUGAAUCAGGCGGAGAAGAUCAUUGAGGGAGACUCCCCUCGGGUCAAAUUGCCUGUCUCUUCGACGCCUGUGAUGAAGACCUCUACAUCAAAGUCCCCAACAGCACAGACGGAAGAACACCAAACUGUACGCCAGAGUUACAAACCUCCAGCAGCGCGGAUGCAAGAAAAUACUGUGUUCCAGAGUUACAAGCCCCCAGCAGCACGGACGGCAGAGGAUUACACUACACCCCCGAGUUAUAAGCCCCCAGCAGCACGAACGGAAGAGAAUUACACUACACCCCCGAGUUACAAGCCCCCAGCAGCACGUACGACGGAAGAUCACACUAUACAUCAGAAUUACAAGCCUCCUCAUCAGCGCCUUAAUGAAAACAACCAGAACGCGACAGCUACGCAGAAGCCGCAUAUUUACCACGCUUCGCCACUGAAUAGGCAGAACCCUUGCACGCCACCUUCGCCGCGCUCGAGUGAGAUAUUGGAAAGAAGUGAACGCAUCCGUUAUUUAGAGCGACUUCUUUCAAGAGAGCGUGAUCUACCGAUCAACAUCACCGGGCUUGAUGUGCCGUCACCCAAGGCGGCCCAGGCGCUGCAGCCCAUCGGACCGUGGCGAGCUUCUGACGAAAAGGCGUUCCACGAGCACGGCGCGAUAAACCCCGGGACUAGCGCUAAUCAGUCUUUGGAUCUCAUGCGCGCAAUGCAGGCGAUGGGCUUGGACAUUUCUCCGAGGACGGAUGGUCUGGCUUCCCUCGGGAGUGGCAACGAAUCUGGUCGUCGUCCAAGCGCGGUGGAGCGUAACGGAUUCAGCGGCGUGCGAAGGCGGUCAGGUACGAUGACGACAGAGGACACUGUGUUACGGACACGGACGGUGCCUUCACAGGGCUUGAGGUCGCCCCGCGGAGGCGGAGGAUAUAGGAGUGUGAGCGGUCAGUCGAUGGAGACGAACGUUCCAGUGACGCAGUUUACGGGCUAUAGAUAGAUAGAAGACGGGGAAUUUCCUGGUUCAAGUUACGUUAAUCCAUCACGCGCGUACCUCCUCCUGGUAAUGUUGCAUUCUUUUUGGGUUGGAGCCGUGCGCUUCGUAUUCGGGCGGCGGUUUCAUGAGCGAAAAAUUUGUUGACACUGACAGAGUUCGGCCAUCGGUUGGGGCAUCAGCACAGCAGUCACGUGUGGAACGGUUUGGACAGCAAUAAUUGUUGUUAGUUUCAGAUGAA